AUGACGACUUAUUCGGCCAAAGCCAGGUCCAUUCGCACCACCAAAACAAUCAGUAGUCGAGGCGGCGCCAUUGCGAGACCAGACUCAUUUGGGUAUUUUCUUAAAGUCGGCUUAUCAGGAGGUAUUGCCGGUGCCGUUGGAUCGGCCGCAUUAUACCCCAUGGAUGCUGCCAAAACACUUCGACAAUCGAGUCCUGGCGAUUACAAGAGUGUCUUUCAAGCUUUGGGAGCUCUCGCCUAUUCCAGAACCACUGCAGGAAAAUUGACUUGGCAUUUGCAAAAUGUUUAUCGAGGAAUCAUCCCAGCAACAUUGGGUGCCAUUCCCAGUUCGGCACUCUAUUUUGGGGCAUAUGAAUCCAUGAAAACUGUCUUGACACGGUACUUUCCACAAGACGAAAGAAGUACCAAUAAUUUUUCCAAUCGACUGUUGGUACAUUCAUUGGCGGCAAUGUCAGGAAAUAUACUGAGCUCGGCCGUUUUCGUUCCCAAAGAACUUAUCAAACAACAAUUGCAAUUUCGACAGUCGGGCAAUGUCGUGGGUGUUGUUAUGGAUAUUCUGGCGACAAAGGGAUUGGGAGGAUUAUACGUUGGGUACAAAGCAACCCUGAUCCGAAACAUUCCUACAGCCGUGUUGCGAUUUAGUCUGUACGAAGAGUUUCGAUACCGUUGGUACACUCAAGAGCAACUCCAAAAGGGAAAGAAAGGUAAAACACAGCAGCAGGGAGUAUCACCCAAAUUCUUCUUGGCGGGGGCCGCAGCCGGUGUCUUAGCCAGCGGGCUCAUGACACCCGUUGAUGUAUUGAAAACUCGACUCGCUACUGGAACUUGCCCUCUCGAUGUCAAGAGUUGCUUUCUCUGGGUUGUCAAGCAGGAAGGAUUCGUUGGCUUGUAUUCGGGGGCUGGGAGUCGUAUGCUGUUUAGUGGAGCUUUCUCGGCCAUUGGUUUUGGAACGUUCGAAUGGGCCAAGAGUGUCCUGGGCGUAUCAUCGUCUACGGCGCCACCAAAGUCUAUUCGCAAAUCUGCCACAAGGGCGGUUCCCUCCAAGGUAGCCGUAGCAACGAGUAAAGAGCAGCAGGAACUUGAACGAAAAGACGAGCAACACAGAGCUCAUCCAAGGAAACACCACUCUCAAGUAUUGUUUGCUGCAAGAUUCUGA